UACAAACAUCCUAGCAACGACGGUUACCGGCAGCAGCAGCAGCACUCUGUGGUUUUCCGUUUUCCCCCGUUUACCAAUACAUCUCAUCGCCAUUUCUAGAUCGUUCUUAACAAUCGAAGCAUGAGCUACGCUGUACCUCCACCACAAUGGAUUCCGUACAGAUGAUAUCGCAUAUCGAACAAUCGCUCAACUAUUCCGUGUACGACGUCAAAUGGAUACCCUGCACGGCAAAGUUUGUAUCGCUCGGGUCGAAACCGAAAGGCACGGGCGUGGUGCAAAUAUACCAGCUCAACCGGGGCACGCUCGAGCUGGUGAAGGAGACGGAGCGGGAAAAGUCGCUGAAAUGCUGCUCGUUCGGUGCCUCCAAGCUGCGCACCGAGCACCUGGCGGUGGGCGAUUUUGCCGGCAAGCUGGCCGUGUACGAUCUGGAACGAAUGGACGCACCGCCGGUGUACGAGGUGGCCGCUCACGAUGGGAUCAUCAACACGCUCGACGCAACCGGCGGCUCGACGGUGAACUGUGGUGCGCCGGAAAUUGUGACCGGAGGGCGGGACGGUGCGGUGAAGGUGUGGGACCCGCGGCAACCGAACGAUCCGGUCGCAAACAUUUGCCCGGCCAGCAAGGACAGCCGGCGUGACUGUUGGGCGGUCGGGUUUGGUGAUUCGCACAACGCGGUAGAGCGUGUCGUUUGCUCCGGGUACGAUAAUGGCGAUCUGAAGCUGAUCGAUCUGCGCAAUCUGAAGCUGCGCUGGGAGACGAACGUGAAGAACGGCAUCUGUGCGGUCGAGUUCGAUCGGAAGGAUAUACGAAUGAACAAGCUGGCGGUCAGCACGCUGGAGGGAGGGCUGUUUGUGUACGACAUGCGCACGCAGCAUUCGCAGAAAGGGUUCGCCUCGGUGCGGGAGAAAACGGUCGGACAAUCGCUGGGCACGAACGGUGUGAUCGGUGGGGCCAAAUCGACCGUCUGGACGGUGAAGCAUCUGCCACAGAACAGGGACAUCUUUGUUACCGGCGGUGGGUCGGGCAAUGUGCGCAUAUGGCUUUACCACUAUCCGGAAAAACGGGUCACAACGCCGUCGGACGGGGAAGAGCAGGGCGUUGCAGGGACGCUGGAAAUGUUGCACGCUACCACGCUGUCCACGCAACCCGUGCACACCUUCGACUGGAGCCCCGACCGCCAGGGACUGGCCGUGUGCGGAUCGUUCGAUCAAACCGUGCGUGUGCUAAUAACAACCAAUUUGAAUUUGCAUUAAAUUUAAAGGUAGAUAAAUGGUUUAUUUGAA